AUGGCAGGUGAAAUUGUUAUGGGAAUGGUUUAUAACUUACUACUACCUCUGCUUCUGCUUACUGCGAUAUCCUUCCGGUACAAUGGACUGUCUGUACUGUAUCUUCUCUUUCUCCUCAUUCUGCCUCUAAUGCCCAACCCCAGCCCGGCCACCAUGAAAAGCAAGACGGGGAAGUUUCUUGUGAUCGUUUGUUCGACCAGCGUGAUGUUUCUGGCUUUGCAGUGCGGGAUGCAGAUUACGUUUGCAUAUGUGCCAAAGCACGUGAGUGGGUACUGGGAUGAUGUUCUCUAUCACCUGGGCAUCAUAAGGUUCAGUGAGGUGGAUGCUGGGAAUGUGGUUCGUCACCUGAUGCCUGACUUAGGCCUCUUCCUGUCCACGGUCUUCAUUUUCCAUCUAAGUCGGAAACUAUUACGACCGCCAACACCACAAGUCGCUCCGCACGAGAACUGUGUGCCUUCCUCAGACACUGAGGAUUUGGAGACGUCUGACUCCGAGUCUGACGAGGGCAGUAUUGAGUCAGAGGGAUCAUCUUUGGACAGUUCUGAUGAGAGCACUACCCUACCCACUGCUCCUCCUCAGUUUGUUCAGAAGCUCAUAGUGUUUGGGGCAGGAGUGAGACUGCUCCUCUGUACUAUUAUGGACACUGGUGGAAAAGCACUGGUGACCGUACUGCUGGGCUUGGCAGGCAUAGCCCUGCCCUCUCUGACGUCGGCAGUGUAUUUCGGAGCAUUCCUGAGCCUGGUGUGGUGCUGGGUGCUCGGUUUCUCCAUCUCACUGCUCUUCUUCAGCAGUCUGUGUGUGAUGAUGACCAUAUUCAGCGCCGGACACAUCCUGUCCCUCUACCUCUACCAGCUUCCCCUGUUUCAGCAGCUCGUCCCUCCUCAGGACAUCUAUGCCAGGCUGUUUGGUAUGACUGCGUUCAUCCACACUGAAGUGUCAGAGCCGUUCAGUGUGGCCCUGCAUGAGGAUGUGAGCUGGCCUGUGAUAGUAAAUCCACUGGUGCUGCUGGUUCUGUACUACACUUUAAUAGCUCUGCUUCACAGAUGGGUUAACAUUGUGGAGGAGGAUCUGCUUCUCGACAUCGAGAGCCACGUCGGCGAAGCAGACAUUCCACCCAGCUUCUCAAAGAUCAUCUUCCUCCCCCCAGAGAGAAGAGAACCUAUCAUAAUGGUGAUGAACAGUGCUUGGCAGGACCACACUAACUCAAGCCUUGGGUCACAUCUGUCUGAAGGAGGAUACCCACAAUGCCUUGCUCUUCCAGUCUACACACAUAACUCCAUGUCUCACGAGUAUGAGGAAGAGAAGGAGAAGAGUGAAGGAGAAGAUCACACACAGGAUGAGUCAGAUCUGCCCCCUGCCCCAUCAGAGCCCAGCAGCCUCGCCUUGUUUGGACAGUUCAUGAUGAAACAGAGUUAUAUCAGUGCACUCAUCAUCAUGAUGGUUUGGAGUAUCACCUAUAACUCCUGGUUGACGUUUGCGCUGUUGGUGUGGUCGUGUGUAAUCUGGAUGCUGAGGGAUCGCCGGCGUUAUGCCAUGCUCAGCGCUCCAUUUCUCGCUGUUUAUGGGACCCUGCUGCUGGUGGGCGGGUACAUCAGUGGGCUCCGCCUACACAGGGAGGAGCUCUUUCCCAGGAUCCCAAAGGCUGUCCUCAUUGACUUUGAUCUCUAUGGUUACCCAGCACCCUGUGUGCACCUGGGAGCAAAGGUCUUCUAUACAUGCAGCUUCUGGAUGUUGUUUCGCCAACAGCUAAGAGAGAAACAAGAGCAACAAGGACAGAUGAAGGAGAGUCUGGAGGAGGUCAAAGUCCAAAGUUUAGCUGACGAGAACGAGGCGUCUCCUCUAAUGGCCAUACUGGGAGGACUGGUUAAGGGAACACUGGUGAAGUACUGGAUCCUCUGCUGCUGUUCCAUGUUCUUCGUCAUCAGUUUCUCUGGGAAGGUGGUGGUCUACAAAAUUCUCUACAUCGGCCUCUUCCUCUUCUGCGUCGUUCUCUAUCAAGUCCAGUAUGAGGUCUGGCGCCGUGUUCUUAAGUAUUUCUGGGCUGUGGUGGUGGGUUACUCCAUGCUGGUCUUGAACCUGAUCUACAUGUACCAGUUUAAGACGGUUUCUGGACUCUUCCGCCAGAUCAUCGGCAUGUCUGAGGAAGGACUGAGGGAUCUGGGGCUGGAGCAGUUUGACACUGUGGAGCUGUUUGCACGUAUCUUGCUUCCUGCUGCCUUUCUGCUGGCCUGUAUCCUGCAGCUCCACUACUUCAACUCAGACUUCCUGUCUCUCACAGACCUGGAGAAUGUACCAGUCAACCCAGCAAGCUCCAGAGAACAGGACCUGAGAGAAUCUAUGGCUCUGCUAACAGAAACGAUCAAGGAAAACAUUGAAAAAUUCCAAAAACGGCUGGUUAAGGAGCAACUGAGUGAGGAGAGCGAUGACCUGCUAGACAGUUCAGGAAUGUCCACUUAUUCAGAGAGGAAACAGGAUAAAGAGACAGAAAUCGAUGAGCCCGUGGUGAACCAGUGGCUGUUGGUGGUGGACAGGAUGAGUGUGUUGUUAGUGCAGGCUCUGCUCUUACUCCGUCAUGCUCAGGAGCUCUGCUGGAGACUGCUGGAGCUCCACACCCUCAAACUGGUCUCCACAGGCAUCAUCUGGGUCAGCCUACAGGAGGUCUGUCUGAUGAAUUAUCUCUUCCUGGUGUUGUGGACAUUUGCCCUGCCAUUCCCACGUCUGCGGCCCACAGCUUCCACUGUGUCGUCUGUCUGGGCUUGUGUCAUGGUCGUCUGUAAAAUGAUGUAUCAGCUCAAGUUUAUCAAACCGCACGUGUACUCAUCCAACUGCACUGCUGGUCUGCUGUCGUCCAAUGGGAGCUGGUAUGCUGCAAACACAGAAGAGCUCCUAAGGAAGUCCAUCCUGUAUGCGGAACCAGUGGAUCCGGCUUUUUGGUUCGGGGGACUGAGAAAGUGUGGGGACCGCAUACUGCCCUGCCUUCGGAAUCACCUGCUGGUCUUGGGCCUGCUCGUGUUUGACGUGACCAUCCAUCGACAUCAGCUCCACUAUCGUCUCCAUAACGACCUCAAGGCUCCACCCAUGGGAACCAUCUUUCAGGGAGUCACCCGCCAGCACCUUGACCAUGGCAUCAAACCCUGCCUCAAAUACUUCACCAAUUACUUCUUCUACAAAUUUGGUCUGGAGCUAUGUUUCGUUGUGGCGGUGAAUGUGAUUGGCCAGAGGAUGGAUUUCUACGCUCUGCUGCACUCAUUGGCUCUGAUCGGUGUGCUGGCGCGUCGGCGCAGAAAAGCCAUUGGAGAGGUUUGGUCCAAAUACUGCUGUUUCAUAAGCAGCCUGAUGACGUUCCAGUACUUGCUUUGCAUCGGCUUGCCUCCUGCACUCUGUACAGAUUAUCCAUGGAGGACGUCGGCUGAUGCCCUCAGCUCCAACCUGAUAAAAUGGCUUUACCUCCCCGACUAUGCCAUGAGACCCAACCCCAACUUUAUCCUCUAUGACUUCAUGCUGUUGUUGGUGGCGUCUCUGCAGUGGCAGGUGUUUGAGGAGGAGAAUCGAGCUUCUGUUAGGCUCUUGGCUGGAGACAAUGUGGAAAUAAGCCGAAGCCUUGACCCACGAAACCUCAACCAAUAUGUCCCUGUCAACAAUUACCUGCACUGUAGGUCUUACCUGGACAUGGUGAAGAUGUUUGUAUUCGGUAAUUUUUUCUGGUUGGUGUUGUGUCUGAUCUUCAUCACGGGCACCACACGUAUUAAUAUAUUCUGCCUGGGUUACCUGGUGGCCUGUUUCUACUUCAUGCUCUUCAGCGGCACUCUGCUGCUCCAGCCCGUACGCUACAUCGUCCGCCUGUGGGACUACCUCAUUGCAUACACCUGCAUCGUCAUCAGCCUGAAGAAUCUGCUCUCUCUGGGCUCCUGUGCCUACCUGGGCAGUUUGCUGAGAAGUGGCUGUUGGUUCAUCCAGGCAUUCAGUAUGUUCUGCACCAUCAACGGCUACGACGUGCCUGAUCCUGAUGACACCUGUGAGUUACCGGCGGGGGAAGCUGGGAUUGUGUGGGACGCCAUAUGUUUUACUGUCCUCUUGGCACAGAGAAGGGUCUUCCUCAGCUACUACUUCCUCUAUGUGGUGUCUGACCUCAAAGCCUCCAAGAUCCUGGCCUCCAGGGGGGCAGAGCUGUUUGACGCAAAGGUGAAAAAACGUGUGGCAGCCAGACUGGAGAUGGAGAAGAAAUCAGUGGAGACACUGAAGAAACAAAUGGAGAAAAUCAAAUCAAAGCAGAGGACUGGACCAGGGAAGGCAGGCCAGCUAGCCACUACUGACCCAGAACCCAAACCUGACCCAGAAGCAAAGGGGGAGAGUGAUCACAGUAAAUGGUGGAAGCCCUGGGCAUCUCAACCCGCUGUCAGUGAUUCAUGUGGAUAUCACCUGUUUGAGAGUGACAGUGAGGAAGAAGUGGAACAGGUGGAAGAGAAAGAGGAAGAAGCUCCACCCAAGAAAAAAUCAGCCUUUCAGUUGGCGUAUGAGGCCUGGACUGUGGGCUCUAAAGCUGCCCUCAGGGGCCACAGGAAAGAGGAGUCACAGCUGAAGAGAGAAGAGAGAAGAAAAGCCAAGAGAGAGCUUCACAGACAGCAGGGUAUAGAAAGAGCUGACUCCAGCGAGGAUGAAUUGGAUGCAAACAGCCUUGAUGAAGAGGAGGGAGAGAAAGAACACAUACUCCAAAGGGCCUUUGACUUCCUGAAGUUGGCUUGGGUCAUGCUCCUGUCUCUUCUGGAUGACCUCACGGCAGCACUGAAUUCCUUCUGUAAGGACAGUCUGGACAUCUCCAAAGUCCUGCGCUUUGAAAGAGCCCUUCUGGCAUGCCAGCAGAACAAGGGAAGGGAGGUGACUAAUGACAGUAUUAGACAGUAUUACGAGAGCUGGCUCUCCAGACAGAGUACACUGGCAUCACUGGAUGCCAGGGAGGACCUGACUCCACCUGCCUCCUCUCCGCCACCUGUUCCCACCUCGCCACGUGGCUACGCCAAACUCCGGAACGCCAACUCCAAACUGUCCUGGGGAAGCAGUGUGUCCAGCUGUAUGACGGAUGAGACAAUGAUAAUGUCACGCCAGCUGACCCAAGACGACCUUGACGACCCUUCUCCCGUCCAACCAUUGGCUGACCAACCCCACUUGGCUCCACCCUCUGCCGAUCAACUGCGCCGGAGACUACUCAAAUCUUCUCGUGUCGAUAUGACUUCCUUUGACCAUGAAAGCUCUCCCAUGGAAGAGGAGGAGAAAGCAGAGGAUAAAAGUGAAGAAGAAAAGGAGAAAGAAGAUAAGAGUGAAGAGGAGGAGAGAGGAGAAGAUCGGAGUGAAGAGGAGGAGAGACAUGACAAGUGCGAACAGGUGGAUGGACAGGUUGCGCUGCCUGGUUCUGUAUCGUUAGAGGAGAAGAGUGCGGAUCUCCCAGAAUCCCGAGCUCUGUGUGAAGAGACCAGGGCUCUGACUGCCAGUGAGCUCCUGCUGAACAACAUGUUUGACAUCCCGGAGAUCGAGGAGUCUGAUAGGUUCUUCAGUUCUCUGCCCAGGCUCUUGCGUCUGUUCAUGGCUCUCUACAACACCAUGGUGUCUCAGUCCGAGAUGCUCUGCUACUUCGUCAUCAUCCUCAACCACAUGGUCUCUGCCUCCUUACUCACCCUCUUCCUCCCCAUUCUCAUCUUCCUCUGGGCUAUGCUGUCUGUGCCACGCCCCACCAAACGCUUCUGGAUGACUGCCAUCAUCUAUACGGAACUCACUGUGGUGGUGAAGUAUUUCUUCCAGUUUGGGUUUUUCCCGUGGACUACCUCGGCGUAUAGGGGCAUAAACGCAGAGCGUCCCUUCGCCUUGCCCAAUAUUGUGGGUGUGGAGAAAAAAGACGGUUAUGUUCUUUUUGACCUUCUACAGUUACUUGCUCUCUUCUUCCACCGCUCUAUCCUGAAGUGUCAUGGGCUUUGGGACAACAAGGAGGUGGAGAUGCCUGACUUCUUUAAAAAACUGAAGAGGAAAACCGAGAAAAAAAGAAAGAGUGCUGUGGGAGAGAAAGCAGGGGAGACUCGCAGACGUCUGCGCUUCCUCCCUCUCCAGACCUCCACCGCAUCCCUCUUCCGCAGACGAAAAGAAGCAGAGAGUUCAGAGGGGCAUGGGGCUGAUGACAAGGAAAAACGCCGCUCCAAGAAGAGGAAACAUCACUCCAAAGUGCCCUUAACCAAGAAAGAGCAGAUCAAACAAAGGAUCAGGGAGAGGAUGUUGGAAGUCAAAGCAGCUGUCAUUGAAGUAGCUCUGCACAUAUAUUUACCCAUCAGGCAGUUCUUCUAUGACAUCAUCCACCCAGAGUACAGCCCCGUGUGUGACGUGUAUGCCUUAAUGUUCCUGAUUGAUGUUGUCAACUUCAUUGUCAUCAUCUUUGGCUACUGGGCUUUCGGGAAGCACAGUGCUGCUGCAGACAUUACAGAGUCUCUGUCGGAGGACCAGGUUCCCGAGGCUUUCCUGGUUAUGCUGCUCAUUCAGUUUGGGACCAUGGUGGUGGACAGAGCGCUGUACCUCCGAAAAACCUUACUGGGAAAAUGCGUCUUCCAGGUGGUUCUGGUCUUUGGAAUUCACUUCUGGAUGUUUUUCAUCCUUCCUGGGGUCACAGAGAGGAGGUUUAACAGGAACCAGGUGGCUCAGCUGUGGUACUUUGUGAAGUGUAUCUACUUUGGCCUGUCUGCAUACCAGAUCAAGUGUGGCUAUCCAAACCGUGUCCUAGGCAACUUUCUCACCAAACAGUACAACUACCUCAACCUGUUCCUGUUUCAGGGUUUCCGUUUAGUUCCAUUCCUAACAGAGUUGCGUGCAGUGAUGGACUGGGUCUGGACUGACACGACCCUGAGUCUCUCCAGCUGGAUCUGUGUGGAGGACAUCUACGCCAACAUCUUCAUCCUAAAAUGCUGGAGAGAGUCUGAGAAGAAAUACCCUCAUGUUCCUGGCCAGAAGAAGAAGAAGGUCGUAAAAUAUGGAAUGGGAGGUUUCAUCAUUUUCGCCCUCAUUUGCAUCGUCUGGUUCCCCCUGCUGUUCAUGUCAUUGGUCAAAUCUGUGGCUGGGGUAACCAAUCAGCCUUUAGAAGUUUCCAUACAGCUCAGCAUAGCAGGAUAUGAGCCUCUGUUCACCAUGACUGCCCAAGAACAGAAUUUGAUGCCCUACUCAGAGGCUGCCUACAACCACAUGACCAAUCAGUAUGCCACACACCCGGCUGCGAUGCAGUUCAUUGUGAAUUAUAUGGCGGAGGAUAUAGUGAUAGCCAAGAUAAAAAGUGAUGCUAGUCUGCUAUGGAGCAUCAGUCCUGCCAGCAGACAGGCCAUGAUCCGUGAGCUCAGCAACUCCACACAUAUAUACAUGACACUGCGCUGGACACUACUCAGGAAUGCAUCUCUGUCCAUGAAUGCUGAGACUGCAGGUCAGCACACAGUGAAGUAUGAGGACAGAAAACUGCGGGACGAACUCGUUCACAUGCUACAGGGAACACACAGUGGCUCUGUGAUAAUAGAGAAUCUGCUGCCUAAAUACAUCAGAGGUCCUUCUGGGCCGGAGUCCAAGAUGGCUCAUCGACUCAUUGAUAUGCAAAAUUUGGCUUUCUUCCGUCCACUGUCUGUCAAAUUGCGUCAGGCCAAUGGGAGUGCUGAAGGGGAGGAAAGACAGUGGUGGGUGGUGGAGGAGUGUUCUCUGGCUCAUGCGCCAAUGAAGUGUCACAGCAUUAAGAUGGUAAUCUUCAAUGAUAAAGUCAGUCCGUCCAGCUUAGGUUUCCUGGCUGGUUACGGCAUCGUGGGUUUGUACAUGUCAGUGGUGCUGGUGAUUGGAAAGUUCGUGCGGGAAUUCUUCAACGGGAUCUCCCGCUCCAUUAUGUUCGAGGAACUGCCUUGCGUGGAUCGUGUAUUGAAGCUCUGCACAGAUAUCUUUGUUGUCAGGGAGACAGGAGAGAUGGAACUGGAGGAACAGCUGUUUGAGAAGCUUAUCUUCCUCUACCGCUCACCAGAGACCAUGAUCAAAAUGACCCGAGAAAAGAAAAACAACUAA